AUGCCGGCCCUUUCACAUCCUGAUGUGUGCAUUAUCGAUGAUGAGGAGCCUGAACAAUAUGCUAGUCAAUCAGAAGGUAUAGCAGCAGCAUCUCCAGUAGUCUUAAUAUCAUAUCCGGAGGCAUCAGACAAAGCAGAAGUGGAGGAUUGUGAAGCUCACCAAGCAGUAAACUUGUCUAAUCGUGUUGGUGGUGCAGCAGACAUUUCUCACGAGUUGCAAAGCAUAUCAUGUCGAGAAAGUGGCCAGCCUCGUAAUAGGUUGUGGGUUGAUAAGUACCAGCCAAGAAGUGCCUCGGAGUCUAAUGCAUCAGAAUGCCGAAGUGGAGCAGUUGUUAGGCAGAAAUUUGGGGAGGCUCUCAAGUCAUAUAGCCUGUCAAGGUCCUUGGAGCCUCUUUUCAAUUCCUAUCGUGGUCUCGUUUCUGCUAUCCAACAGAUUGUUGAGAAAGCAAAAGGGCAUGUGGUGUGUACUGCAGAGGAGGUUAAAGUUAAUCCUGCCAGAAAGGCGAAGAACACUGCUAAUCCAUAUAGCUUUGAUCACGAAGCUGGUCACGCGCUGCUUCCCAAGAUAAUCACACAGGAUUUUCCUUCUCAAUUAUCUCAGUAUGUGGAGAGUGAGAUUGCUAAAUCAUUAUCCACGGCGGAAGAAAGUUACAACACAGUUGAAAUAUUUGUUGAAAAGGUGGAGAACGAAAAAAUGCUCAAUAGAUACUGGAGACAAGGCGCAGAAAAGAACAGCAUAGAAGCCAAGAAAGCAGCCAUGUUAGGGGAAAACAUUUGUGUUGAAGAUUAUGAUGAAUUAGAAGACGUCUUGAGUGUUCCGUUUGAACUUAGCAAUACUUCCUACCAAGCAAUGUCUUUCUCUCGGUCAAACAGAAGGAGGAAGCUCAAUGUUGUGAUGUCUUCUGAUUCAGAUGAUGAACCGGUGAAGGAAACAGUCCCACUAGCAGCUGAUCCUUCAGUUAUUGGAAACAAGUUGUUAUCAUCAGUUGAUGUCUCAUGUGUACCAGAAUCUUCAUAUGUUCCAGAAACUUUGAUGGAUAGUGAAGCUGAGCUGUCUCCAAGAGCAGUAUCUUGUGGUCAUUUUGAUGGAAGAGUCGAAGUGUCCAUGAGUGAGGACGUUGCCCAAUUAAAAGAGAUAUACAUAGACAGGUUUCAAAGUUUUGAUUGCUUCAAGAACACGUGUGAGACCAUUGCAGAAUCUUCUGAUGGGACAAUGAUGAUGGAAGAUUGUUUUAAGGAAUAUUUAGGGAGUUCCCAGAAGAUGCGACAAGUUGCUAUGGAGCCAACGAUGAACGUUUCUGGAGACCUUGACACGUCUGGUUAUGUGCUUGAACAGAUGACUUCCAUUGUGCCAGAGCAAGGAUUUAGCUUUUUCACAAACCAAAUUGCUACAACAGUAUCCUUCCCCACUUUGUCAGCCACAAUGGUACUAGUUGUAGACGAGACAAAGAAGGAUCAUACAUGGAGCGGUGGAAGCUGCUUGGAUUUGAAACCAGAAACACAUCUAGACGUAUUAAAUGUGAGCGAAUGGUACAGCUUUCCAGCGUAUUAG